AUAAAAAGUUGGCUGAAAAUGCGGUGGGACUUGGCCCUACUGUUGCUGCUCCUCGGCUACGGCAGCGUCGGCGGAUCUUGGCCGAUAAUCGGCAACCCCCUGAACACCGUCUGGUCCACUUUCUAUCCGUCCAAGGUGGAAGCGCCUCCAGAAAUCGAUGCGAGCAGCGACGAGGACUGCUCCGAAUGCACGCGCAAUCGUCUCGUCGCGACUUCGAGCAUCGAUCGCGAUCCGAUAAUGACAGAAUUACGGGUCGAGUAUGUCAAGCAGCAGAUAUUGAAGAAACUCAGACUCGAGAAGCCUCCCGAGGUCUCGAUCUCGUUGUCGACCCUACCAAAGCCAUUGAUAAACGGCCACGUGCUCGAACUGCGACCCGGCGCUCCUCUCGAACCGGAAAAACAGGCGGAAAGCUUCUACGGAAAAACCGAUCAGAUCGUCGUUUUCCCUAACGAAGGGGUUGCUGACUUGAAACAUUGUCGCCAAAGCUCGAACCAUCUCACGGGUUUCAAUCCAGCAGCUUGCUUCACCUUCAAUCUACCAAAAGAGAUACUCUUCGUCGACGUAACUUCAGCUGAACUAUGGUUCUACAAGGAAUCCGACGAGAACGACGUUUUCAAUCAGACUUUCGUGCUCUCCGAGCUCGAUCACUGGGACAAGGGCGAAAGCUUUGAGAAAAACGCGAUUAUGGGCAUUUUCGAAACUUCCAUCGGAGAGGGUUGGGUCAAGUCGGACGUGCGUUUUACGUUGAGGAAAUGGGUGGAGCGACGCGGUUUGAAUCACGCCAUUCAAAUCGCAUGCAGCACGUGCUCGAUCGAUCGCGACACAGCUCCGGUCUCGAUCGAAAUAACGUUAAAGCCUUUCCUCGUUAUUCACACGUCACCGUUGCCUCAAAAGAAUCGUCCGAAGAGAAAUUCCAACUGUUUACCGGAAAUGAAGGAAUGUUGUCGCGACGAUUUGUACAUAAGCUUCGAGGACAUCGGCUGGAGCGAUUGGAUACUUCAUCCGAGCGGUUAUCACGCUCACUUCUGUCGGGGCUCGUGCUCUUCGGCUGCUUCUUUGACGAUGAGUGCCUCGCCGUACAACAACGUAAUCAGGAGGUUGUUGACGAAAAAGGGCAGCGUACAUCAGCAGAAGAACGAGAUAGUGCCGUGCUGUUCACCGACGCAGUUGUCGCCGAUCCAGUUGCUCUACGUCGACUCGAACAAUACGAUAACGCAAAAAACGUUGCCAAACAUGGUGGUCGAGGCUUGUGGCUGCAUGUGAGGCUUC